AUGUCUCUCCCUCCCUCCUCGUUCGGUCGCUCAACUCCGAGCGCUGUUCCUGCCAGCCAAAACACCGCGCCAGUCAUUAAAUUCCGAUGCCUAUAUACUCAUGACGUACGACGGAAGGCCAAACGCUGGCAAGAUGGCUACCUCAAAUAUCACACCUUCAACAAGCGCGCUAUGGUGUAUGACGAUGCGGGGAAUUUCAUAGGCGAUCACCAUUGGCAAGAAAGUCACGACAUCCAGGACGGCGACGAGCUGGAACUCGACAAGGGCGUGUUGAUACAAGUUAGCGAGUGCAUGGAAACCACACAGACAGAUAUAUCGGUACUUUUUGACAAGCGUAAAGCGAGCCAAGAAUCUCCGCAGCAGCAGAAAACACCAGCUCCUCAAUCACUACCACCACCGUCAUCUAAUAUUUUGGUAUCGUCAUCUUACGCAAAACAAUCGCCCCUUCCAAGAGCAGGCAGGCCGUUUAACCCCCUAAAGCCGCUAAACGAUGUUUUGGGUAUCCAAAGAGGCGCUAUCGGUCGUUCAGUCAUGCCGCAGUCGCCGUAUGAACAGUGUCAUCGACCACAACGGCCUGUUGAACGCACGCAACAAGAUGAACGGCCCGCAAAACGACCAAAACCAACGCCCGUGUCGGAUGUACUACAGCAUAAAAGCGCCAAUGAGUCGAUACGGGGUCGAUCAGAAGUGAUUGACUUGGACAAUGUAUCCUUCGUAAAGCCACUGCCGAAAGCUGCUCAGGUCUCGAAUGCAAGAGGGGAAGCGCAGAAGACGGCCGACAGCCCAGUGGCUUCAAUGAAAACGAUACAAACAUUGUCAGUACAGCCAACAUCUCGUCGAGAGCAACCAGGAACAGAAGGUCAGAAACCAACCAACAUCACUAGAAUCUCGUCCGGAAAUACACGAGAAUCAAUUUCAAAACAAACAUCACGUCGAGAGCAACCACGGCCAGGAGCUCCGACAGCAACCAAUAACCCUAGAAUCCCAUCAGAUAGAAUGCGCGAAGCUCCCAUCGAGCAGACAUCGCGGAGAGAGCAGUCAAGAUCAAUACCCCAGAAACCGUCUGCUCAACCCACACCGGCUCAGAAUGCCUCAAACGUGCAGGCUUCAUCCACAAGGUCGCAGGCCUUGUCCGAGAAAUCCAAAUCAACCAUCAACAGCAACAACGUCCCUAUAAAUCCUCUUCGCAUUAGCAACGAGAAACCGCGUCAGAAACUCAUGUACAGGGCGCUUCUCCCUCCAAAAGGCCCGGGGGAAGCGCAGACGAAUUCCAAUUCAACUGACGAUGGGGACUCGCUUGACCAUCUCGACCAUGAUUUUCCUCUCUCUGCUUCUACACUUGCUGUGCUUGAGGAGUCAAAUCCGGUCGCCUCUGUAAAUACCCAUACGGUGAUGGGGAAUAUGAACAAUCGAGAUAUCACUUCAGCACAAAUCCAAACACCAAAGGUCUCAAGAUCACAAAACUCACAAAGGAGAUUACUGAAUCGUAUACCAACACAUGCAUCAGUAUACGGCCCUUUUGCUUCACCAGCUGGAGUGGAACUACAUGACGACAUGAGGGAUGAUCUGGCCUUGUUACUCGCAUCGUCUCCCUUAGAGCCAGAACACAGUGACAAUGAGAUGCUUACCACAGACCAGAGAACGCCAGUUAUGCGCAGUAAUUCUGAUAUAUCUCACAUAGUCCCAGAAGCUGCGUCAGUCAAGCCAGCUCUCACAGAAUGUCUAGCCAGGCCAUCAGUAACCGAAGCCUGUCCAACAACUGCCAUCAAACGAAGUGAGCGUGUCUUUCGCAAAUCCCAUUCUGAUACGAACGCCUUACGAGACCUUGGCGGCGCAAGCAAGGCUCUUUCUCGGCCGUUGGCUACUACGGGUCCUCCAAGGAAUGAAAGGAAUAUAGGUACUGUCAAGACUGAAUCUGGUCCGUGGACUGCAGAUGCCUUGGACUUUUUUGACUGGUGGCCACCUGGCCAUCCAAUGCCUGCAUGA